GACCGGGAGCAGCGGCGGCGGUGCGGGAGCAGCGGCAGGGACGGCGUUAUCUCACAGACCCCCCAAUUCCGGCCCCAAAGGGACCCUGGGGACACAUCCAGGACAGGCACAAGGGGGUGACAUCCCCUCGGUGUCUCCCCCCUACCCCCCUCCUCUCUGCCGGGUUUAGGAUGGCGGGGCAGGGUCCUGUUCCCUCGUCCUGCGACUGCUUCGUGGCCCUGCCCCCCCACACCGCGUCCCCCGCCGUCAUCUUCGCCAAGAACGCCGACCGCCCGCGCCACGAGGUCCAGGAGAUCGUCUAUGUCCCCGCUGCCACCCACCAGCCCGGGGACAAAGUCCAGUGCACAUACCUGGAGGUGGAGCAGGCAGAGCACACCCACGCUGUGGUGCUGAGCCGCCCCGCCUGGCUCUGGGGCGCCGAGAUGGGCGCCAACGAGCACGGCGUGUGCGUGGGUAACGAGGGCGUGUGGACCCGCGAGCCCCUGGGCGAGGACGAGGCGCUGCUGGGCAUGGACCUGGUGAGGCUGGGUCUGGAGCGGGGCAGCUCGGCCCGGGAGGCCCUGGAGGUGAUGACGGCGCUGCUGGAGCGUUAUGGGCAGGGCGGGAGCUGCAAGGAGGAGCCGGUGCCCUUCGUGUACCACAACACCUUCCUGCUGGCCGACCGCACCGAGGCCUGGGUGCUGGAGACCGCCGGGCGCUACUGGGCGGCCCAGCGGAUCACCGAGGGAAGCCGCAACAUCUCCAACCAGCUGAGCAUCGGCAGCGAGAUCACGGCGGAGCACGCGGGGCUGCGGCAGCGGGCACGGAGCCAGGGCUGGUGGAGCGGGCACGGCGAGUUCAGCUUCGCCCAGGUUUUCUCCCUGGAGCAGCAGCCCCCGCGCAUGGAGGCUGCCAAGGCCCGCUUCCGAGCGGGGAGGGAGCUGCUGAGGCAGCACGAAGGUCACAUCACGGCGGAGACGCUGAUGUCCAUCCUGCGGGACAAGGGCAGCGGGAUCUGCGUGGACUCGGAGGGGUUCCGCACGGCGGGCAGCAUGGUGUCCGUGCUGCCCCGCGACCCCGCCCUGCCCUGCGUGCACUUCUUCACCGCCACCCCCGACCCCUCCAGGUCCGUCUUCAAGCCCUUUGUGUUCGUGGCUGGCGUCAAGCCCGUGCCGCAGGUGAGGUCCCCGACCUUCCCCCAGGACCCUGCCAAGCAGAUCCCGCGGUUCCAGAGCUCGGUGGAUCGGCGGCACGAGCUGUACCGCCGGCACCAGGCAGCCCUGGAGCUCAUGGAGCAGGACCAGGAGUGGGGCCAGAAGCUCCUGGAGACGCUGCAGGAGCUGGAGAAGCAGGGCCUGGAGGGGAUGAAGGCACUGCUGGAGGGGACAGAGACCCCCCACCCAGAGGAACUGGCUGACCUCUUCUUUGACUGCGUGGAGGCAGAGCUGAAGUUUUACACAUAAACCCCACACAGCCUCCUUCUCCAGAGCUUUGCUCCGGGACUGGACGCCACCAGGAGCUCGCUGGGACCUGCUGGAUCCCAGGAGGGGUGUCCCUGGCUGAGCCCGGGGCUGGGGGUGGCCCUGC